CACACAUUUUAUUAUAAUUAUACUAGUUUACAUUUUUCAGUAAUUAAUCCAUUUAAUUUUUUAUAGCAAAUUCAGUUAGCUGCAACUUGUUUAUGAUGACAGCAUUCAAGAAAACCAUAUUGAGCACUUAUGAGCCUACAGUUGCUGCUCUUGGUGUGGAUCAAAAGAUCUGGUCCAAUCUCAGUAAACCUGUCAUUGUACGUGAAUUUACAGAAAUCAACUAUGUUCAUGCCUGCCCAUCGAGUUCAUUUUUGGCUGCUGUAUCAACUGGAUAUAAGGUAAUUAUUUACAACUGUCGGACAGGCCGGUCCCUAUCUACCAUCUCCCGCUUCAACAGCACAGUUUACGGUGCAACUUACAGAAAUGAUGGAAAAUUAUUUGUUGUUGGAUCUGAAGACUCGAGAAUCCGACUCUUUGACUGCAAAAACAAUGAUCAACUUAGAGUUUUCUAUGGUCAUGAAGGGCCCGUCCGGAGAGUCAAGUUCAUGCCCGACUUCCCCCCAAGACUGGUUUCUUUCUCAGAUGACAAGAGCGUGGCUGUUUGGGACAUAGCUGAAGAAGCCAAAAUUUUAGAUUUGAAAGGACAUUCGGAUUUUGUUCGUGCUGGGUGCGUGAGCAGAGCUCCUGCGCUAGUCAUGAGUGGCUCAGAUGACAGAAGCGUUCGUGUGUGGGAUACCAGGACCGGCAAUUGUGUCUUCAACUUCGACCAUGGCACCUCGCAUGUCAACGACGUCAUUAGCUAUGGCGGUGGCAACGUUCUCGCCGCAGCUGGAGGGAAUGAAGUUCGCAUCUGGGACUUGGCUGCAGGCAAGCUGCUUGCCAAGCUGUGCCGGCAUCACAAAGACGUGACAAGUCUGGCGCUCGCAACUGCUGGGUCACGGCUCGUGUCAGGCAGUCUGGACCGGCAUCUCAAAAUUUACGACACCUCCACGUACGAAGUUGUGCACACCAUCGAGUGUCCCGCGUCCGUGCUCUCUUUUGCAGUCAUGCCCGAAGAUGAAGGUCUCGUCAUCGGAAUGAUAUCUGAAGGAAAAGGAGUUAUUUCUCUGCAGAAGAAACCUUACAAAAAACCUGCCGCUGCCGUUGAAUCGACCAAACCUGAAAACAACUCAGCAAGUGUGAAAGUAAUCAAAGACUACCAACCAAUUUCCCUAUCGCAACCUGACCGAAUGCUGCUGCGCUCGCAGCACAGCCAAGUCCUGGAUGUCGUGCUGAGGAACGUCAGCAUCUCGGCGACUGUCGCUUACCUCGCUGAGCUCGUGCGACUUGGUGGUAUCUACAGCGCAUUAGCUGGUCGCAGUGAGCCUGAGUUGCGACCUCUCAUCCGCUUCCUGACGAAGCAUUACAGUAACCCAAGCUACAAGGCCGUACUGCACGACGUCGUCAACUUAUUGCUCGAUUUCUACGCAAAAAAAGUUACAGCGGGAUCCCCUCUCCAGGAACAUAUUACGCAGCUCCAUGAGAUGGUGGCUCACGACACAGCCCUCAUGAGCGAGUUAUUAAGUCUCGAGAGUAGCUUGACUCUGGUGAGUCUGGCAGCGGGUGACACCUAUUCAUGUUCUCCUGCCGUGCCUCUACUGCAGUAUCAAUAAAUUGCUGAUUCUGA